UUCCCUCCCAUCUGUAUCUUAAAAGUUGCUGUCCCUUUAACCACUGGUUGUAAAGAGAAACAAAAACUCUCCUCCCAGGUGAUUAUGAUCCUCCCAGCUGUACAGCUGAGCCUCGGGGCUACAGUGGCAUAGGUGCCACCAAAAGAAAAGAAGAAAGGAGCCAAUUUCCUGGCCGGGGCAGAGCUGAGUCUUUGUGAAGGAGCUGGAGGCCUUUCUGGACAAAUAAUAACAUUUUCUGCUUGGUGCAUCCCCCUCCAUAUCCGUAAUCGAAGCUCUUUGGAGUCAUGAAGAUUUUAUUCCGCUACCAGACUUACAGGUUCAUCUGGCUCACCAAGCCUUCUGGCCGGCACUUUCACAAAGAUCACCAGCUCUGGGCACCUCUGACUCUUAAUGACUUUGAAGCUAUAAAUCGCUGUGAGAGGACAUUGCCUAAGAACUUUAACUUUGCUGGGGAUGUGCUGGACCAGUGGUCCCAAAAGGAGAAGACAGGAGAGAGACCUGCCAACCCAGCCCUGUGGUGGGUGAAUGGCAAAGGCGAAGAGGUGAAAUGGAGUUUUGGAGAACUGGGCUCCCUGUCCCGAAAGGCUGCCAAUGUGCUUACCAAGCCCUGUGGCCUGCAGAGAGGAGACCGAGUGGCCGUGAUACUGCCCCGAAUCCCGGAGUGGUGGCUCGUAAACGUGGCUUGUAUGCGAACAGGGCUUGUCUUCAUGCCGGGAACAACUCAACUGACAGCAAAAGACAUUCUUUACCGACUCCAGGCAUCCAAGGCCAAGUGCAUUGUGGCCAGCGAGGAGGUGGCCUCAACGGUGGAGUCUAUCGCGUCAGCAUGUCCCAACUUGAAGACGAAACUCCUCGUGUCUCCGCAGAGCCGAAAUGGGUGGCUCGGCUUCCAGGAGUUAUUUCAAUCUGCCUCUGAAGAGCACCGCUGUGUGGAGACAGGAAGUCAAGAACCAAUGGCCAUUUAUUUCACCAGUGGGACCACAGGGUUUCCCAAGAUGGCCCAGCACUCUCAGAGCAGCCUUGGCAUUGGGUACACCCUCUGUGGGAGGUAUUGGCUGGACUUGACGUCCUCAGAUAUAAUAUGGAACAUGUCUGACACUGGCUGGAUCAAGGCUGCCAUUGGCAGUGUGUUUUCUUCCUGGCUUCAUGGAGCCUGUGUUUUUGCGCAUCGGAUGGCGCAGUUUGACACAGACACCUUCCUAGAUACUCUUACUACUUAUCCUAUCACGACCCUAUGCAGUGCUCCCACCGUGUACCGGAUGCUUGUGCAGAAAGACCUCAAGAGAUACAAAUUCAAGAAGCUGCGGCACUGCUUGGCAGGAGGGGAGCCACUCAACCCGGAAGUGCUGGAGCAGUGGAAGAUGCAAACUGGGCUGGAGCUGUACGAGGGCUAUGGACAGACAGAAGUGGGAAUAAUUUGUGCCAAUCAAAAAGGACACGAAAUUAAACCGGGCUCAAUGGGGAAAAGAGUUCUACCUUACGAUGUCCAGAUUAUAGAUGAAAAUGGCAAUAUCCUACCACCUGGCAAAGAAGGGGAAAUUGCCCUCAGACUAACAUCAACACGGCCCUUUUCCUUCUUCUCUGAAUAUGUGGAUAAUCCAGAGAAAACAGCUGCCACAAUAAGAGGAAAUUUUUAUAUCACUGGUGACAGAGGAGUGAUGGACAACAAUGGAUAUUUUUGGUUUGUCGGCAGAGCUGAUGAUGUCAUCAUAUCCUCUGGGUUUCGUAUUGGGCCAUUUGAAGUGGAGAGUGCAUUAAUUGAGCACCCAGCAGUUGUUGAAUCAGCUGUUGUCAGUAGUCCAGAUCCAGUCAGAGGAGAGGUAGUGAAAGCUUUUGUUGUCUUGUCUGCACCCUUUAAAUCAUCUAACCAAGAGAAAUUAACUCUUGAACUUCAAGAUCAUGUGAAAAAAUUAACUGCACCUUACAAAUACCCAAGAAAGGUGGAAUUUGUUCAAGAUCUUCCGAAGACAAUCACUGGGAAAAUCAAACGAAAUGUUUUAAGAGACCAAGAAUGGGGAAGAGCGUAGCUUGAUAAGAAAAUUGAGGCAUUAAGUAUUUAUAUAACUGCUUUCUUUUAGUUCUUGUUUCCGAUAAUUCAAUAACUACUGUCUUAAAAUGUUCAAGUUUUUCCGGGUCGAAAAUUUGAACUGAGUUUUUGGUUUUUUUUUUACACCACACCCCCCCCCCCCCCGCCAAGAAAUCUAAAAAUAUUUAGGAAGAAAAUUGUUAUUACUGAACUGACAAAGACAAGGAUUCUGAUUUGUAGUGUUUAAAAUAGCAAGAGUCAAAUGAUUGCUUAGAAAAGAAUAGAGGGCAAUGAAUCUCACAUCUUGUGCCUGAUUAAUUCAAAGUAAAGGUAAGAAUUAUUCUAAGAAAGAUGGUACAAAACAGAAUUCCUUCUGCUUAACAUCUUUAUGUAUUACCAAUACUUUAAAAUGGAUUAAAAGAUGUUAAAAUGAGGAAUAUAACUAAUCGAAAAGCCAAUAAAUGAAUUUAAUGAAAUCUCCAGAAGUAUAUUACUGUAACUCAUUUUAAAGCAAAUCCACUGUAAAAUAUCCGAAAUUUGAUUUAUUUAGGAGUAUUAGUUAUUUGAAUAAUUAACAAAUUAUAUUUUAACUUUUUCAGGGCCAUGUACAUGACUUUUUAGUUACUUUGAUACAUAAUUUGCUAUAUAAAUGUCUUUUAUGAAUAUACUCUAAAGCAAGAGAUUUACCAAGAUGCAGAAAGAAUGAAAAAGUACAAAACACCAAUCUUUAGGGAACAAAUUUAUUUCAAUUUUUCUGAAAAUAUCAGGAACUUUGAAAAAAACACUGAACAUUUGGCCAUACCAAAAGUAAAAUACAAGUUAACAUUUGAAAAUCAUGAUUAACCUUUGCGAAACAUGUUUUAAAAUAUACUAAGUUUAACACUCUUUCCUCUCUAAAGCAAAACAAGUUAACUAAAUCACAAAACUGGAGUUUUUUCUUAACUAAAUUGGUUUUUUAGUUUAAAAAAUUAUAAGGAAAAUAAAAAGCACUCAAUUACCACCCUGAAAUCUUAUUUAUAAAAUAACAUGCUCAAAUGUCAGUGAAAAUAAACAGUUUAUAAACCUAAAAACAAAUCUUUCAAUGAAUGAAUUCAGAUUCCAACAGAACAUGGUACUGUAUAGCUGGGGGAGAAUAGCUUGUGUCACAUCCAGGUUUUACCAAAUACCAAUAAAUACAAAAGGAAUUGAAAACAACCUAUAAUAUUAGACUAUUUCUAUAGAGAGCAGCUUUCAAACAGUAAAAGGACCCAGUUCCAUUGUUAAAUAUUCUGUAGGCAUAUGGCCAAUUUUAUUCCAAGUCUCUGUCUUGCACAAUCAAAAUAAAUACCAGAAUCCCUUUGUCUUGCACUAUCAAAAUAAAAGUAUCUUUGUUGUAGAGUAAGUCUGCUGAAAAAGGCACCAAAAUCUUACCCUUCCUGUUUCUCCAAAUGAUACUAGUAGUGCUCUUGUAAUUCUUUCAGAAUGACUUCAACACCAUUAAGAAUUAGCAUUCUAAAUAUUAAAAGAUGUAUUAAGGAGGUUCUAGCCUGAGGAGCCCUCAUCUGCAUUAGCAAGGUCCUAUUUUCUUUGCUCCCACCCCCACCCCAAAUCCUUCUAGUCUGGCUUUCAAAGCAGGGCCACUAAGAGGAUAAAAAUAUAUUCUCAUGUCACUGGCAAUUUAACAGCCAUUUAACAUAGCCAUUUGUGCAGGAAGGCUUCACAUUUACAGUACUUGCUAGCACUUUAAAAUUUAAUAAAUCCAUCUCCAAAAGCUAAUUUCAUAGCCUCUAAAUAUUCCCUAUCUGGACAGUUAUUCUGCAGCCCUCUUUGGUAUCUGUUUCUUACAGCCUUUAUCUUUUUACUCUGAAGGAACCCUUAAAAUAACUUUCAAAUUUAGGGGACCCACAUGGUACAUUAGUGUGAGCACCAAGUUGUAGAUAUAAGAAUACUCGUUUCACAGAAAUUCAGAAAUUAUCAGACUAAAGCUCACCGAGUUAUUCCUUUUCUCUCGAAGACAAAUUCUCAGGCUGAGUAAAAGAUUUAGAAAAAGAGCUCCUCACCCAGUCAUACACUAGUGUUGCCAAAAAGAAAGGGAAGUACUGUUUAAUUUGGUUUUGUCAUUUUUUUCAGGUGGUUUUUAGUUAAGCCUUGAGAAUUGUUGGUAUCCUUCUUCAUUCUCACGUCAGGUUGGCCAUGCAAACAUUUCAAGAGCUCCCUUAACAAUGUGGUUUUUCAAAAGUCCUUUCAAAUCUAAGAAUCCUGUCACUUUAAAACUGGCCUACUAUUUUAAGUACUCUGGUAAUUAACCUUUUAGCUCAAUCACCCUGUUCAAAACUCUUCUUCUCAUCAGCCAUUAGAUGUAUGAUGUGGUAUGUAGUGGAAGAUUUAUGUGCUCUGUCCAGGUUUUAGUUGUUUUUGUUGUUUUAAUAUUCUUGCAUGAACAGGUCUUAAACAAAGGUAACUAUUUUUGUAGCACUGUUUGGAACUUCAUCUCUGUUAUGAAUAGCAGCAGCUCUCUGUGAAGAAAGCAGUAUGCUAUAACAUCAACAUUAGGAUUUUCUUUUUUCAUGAGGCAAUACUUGUCAUGGAGCCAACCACUGCACCAACAGUAAACAUGACAGACCUUUGGUUUCCAGAUAAGAAGACACUACAUUAAAUAUAUAUUGUCAUUUGUUUCUGGCAGCUCUGUGCAGCAGAAAAAGUUUCCCUGAAUGUCACCAUCAUUUACAAAUCUUACAAAUGCUAUAGCAGGAUAAAUAUUCGUGAAAUCUGUUGACUCAUCAACCCAGAUAGUGAAGCUGUUCCUUUUUAAUUACACCAAACCUCUUGUGACUUAUCAUCAAUAAGUCAAUUUAUUGAAUUGAGAAUAAAGUCUUUUCACUUUCUUAUACAGCAUCUUGCCCUGGCAUUUUAAUGUUGACAUUAGUAGAUUCUCACCAACUAUGUAUGUAAAUUUUUCUUUUCCAGGGUAAGUUCUGCAACUAAGUAACCUGCUUCCUAAACCUUUUCAA